AUGUUCAAGGAGAAUUUGGCUCGCCUGAAAAGCGACAUCGUUCGAGCAAAUGCACUGGCUCGUGAGGCGAAUAUGAUUGCCAGUGAGCUCUCCCUCUGUCGACGGCCCAUCACCUACGACGUCACGUUGCAGAUUCCGGCAGCGAAUUUGCGACCUUCCAAAAUUAAGGAAGGUGCCUUUGUGUGCGAGCCAUUUAUCGUCGUGAAACGAGCUGGCAUUGAUGGUUAUCAGUUGUGGUCCACUGCCCAGCUGGAGAACAAACUGAUUGACAUGCGGGAGAUGUACAAUGAAAAAAUUACUGGAGUCGAAAGGGGCGAUGCCUGUACGUCAGAUCAGACCGUGGAACAAGAUGAUUUUGCAUUUCAAAAUGAUUCCGAUAUUGACAUAAGCUGCAGUUCUUUCGGAGAAAAUGUCUUCGAGAGUCAGGUUGACGUUAACUGCUAUCAGUAA